GGAGAGGCGGGGCCAGCCUCGGGCGAGGCAGGGCCAACCUCGGGCGGGGCGGGGCGGUAGACUCCUCGUUAGAGGCCGCUCUGAGUGGCCGGGAGUCUCUCAUUUAAGCGCCACGCGCGCCCCUCGCCUCACACUGCCCGCGGCAGCUUCCACCAUGCCUCGCCUGCCACAGCCCGCGCUCCUGCUGGCCCUGGGCCUGCUCCUCGUCCCUACAGUGGCCGCACGCGCGCCCAGGCGCCAGCUCAGUGGCUUUUCCUGGGAUAACUGUGAUGAGGGGAAGGACCCUGCACUGAUCACAAGCCUGACUGUGGAACCCGACCCCAUUGUUAUUCCUGGGAAUUUGACCAUCAGUGGUGAGACCAAAACCGACGUCGCCCUCAAAGCUCCUCAGCAGGUGGAACUGACUGUAGAGAAGGAAGUAGCUGGCUUGUGGAUAAAGAUCCCAUGUGUGGAGCAGAUAGGCAGCUGCAAGUACGAAGAUAUCUGUGACAUACUCAAUGACCUCAUCCCCCCUGGACAUCCCUGCCCAGAGCCCCUGCGCACCUAUGGACUUCCUUGCCACUGUCCCAUCAGAGCAGGCACCUAUUCACUGCCCAAGAGCGAUUUCACACUCCCUGAUCUGGAACUGCCCAGUUGGCUCAGCACUGGCCACUACCGUAUCCAGGGCAUCCUGAGCAGCAACGGUAAGCGGCUGGGCUGUAUCAAGAUUGCUGCCUCCCUGAAGGGCAAAUAAAGGGUGCCCCAGCAACUGAGGCAAGAAGAAAGUGGCCUCUGUGGUGCUUGCAAGGACGCAUUGUGACUUCGCUCUCCAUCCCUUUCUACAAAGAUGGCAUACCCCUCUCUGAGUGUUAGCCUGGACCACCUCCUCCUGUCUGGGCCCAAGCUUAGCCUAGAGGUGAGAUGAUCUGGGUCCACAUAGGACUGAUCUUCAUAAAACCACUUCCCCAUCCUGAGAACCAAGCUUACUUUCUAAAUUCCAGGAAGUGGAGUCAAUGCACAUAAUAUUUCUGAUCAACCUGGCCCAGUCUUGCCUUCUGAUAUCAUUUUGUAACUUUCUUCUCCUUUACUUACUUUUGUCAAAGGGCUGGACAGGAAAUUAACUGAUUCCUCUUCUCUAAACUUCUGUAAUUCAACAUUCCUUUAUAGACUUGCCAGAUUAACUGUAGAUACAGUAUACUUGCAAAGGAAGCAAGAGUGGUAGUGGGGACUCUGUCAGCAACAUAUGUAAAGGCAUUCUUUAUGUUUAAGAGAGUUUUCACACUCAGAUGACUUUGGUGUCACACAGUAAACCAUGGUCCAUGAUGAGUGAGCAGCUUCUAGGUAUGUCUUCCAUUUCCCUUUCAUAGGAACAGAGGGCCUGGGUCCAAGGUAGCCAGUGUCCUGUCUUUACUGGGAUUAGUUGGUGGUAGGGCUGGAGUUUCAGAGAGACAUUGGUCCAUGGCAGGUGCAUAGAUAAAUUAGGCUAGUGUCAUGUGAGUGUGUCGGUGCCCAGUUUACCAAAUAUUCAGUGUUUUCCCCUAAAGAAACUAGAAAAUCCUGACUUUUAUAUGAAAUUUUACAUAAUAUUUUUAAAUAUUGGCAGCUACUUGUUUUUUUAGACAGUGUACAGGCUAACAGUCUAGCCAGGAUAGUUGGGAAGAAGAACUGGUUCAGAGGACUAGUUUAUAGUCUCUGCUCAUCCUGAAUUCAGUCCUCAGGCCCUCCUCUAGUUCCAUCCCCUCCACAGGACCAGCCCCAUGAUGUCCCACCCAAAAGACUGUCCGAGACUGAGGAAGCAGGAGUAGCUUGCCACAGUUGGUUGAUGUGGGCUCACUGAGUUCCUGCCCAGUACUGACUAGAUGACUGUGACUUCAGGUGAUGCCCACCCGCUCCCACUUCCUUGCCAGCCACUUGAAGGAGUUACAUAGACUUGGACGUUGGAUGCCAUGCUUUCCCACACACCCUCAUGACAACUCUGCCCCCAAUACCAGCCCUAGGUCCUGGACCCCUAUGAAGCCUGCAUAGCAAUAAAUCUUUCUAACUACCUGAGCAUCCUUCCUUUGGCAUGGUUUCAUUUUCUCCUGAUCAUAUCUUGUAAUUGUAGGUACUUUUGUGGUAACUGCUCCUGGUGGCCAUUUUUUUUUCUUCCCAUUUUAUUGGAUAGGACAGAGAAAUUGAGAGGGGAGGGGGAGAUAGAGAGGUAGCAAGAAAGACAGACACCAGCAAACCUGCUUUACCACUUGUGAAGCAGACCGUCUGCAGGUGGGGAGCUGGGGGCUCAAACCUGGGUCCUUGCACUUGGUACUAUGUGUGCUUAACGGGUGUGCCACCACCUGGCCUCUAAAUACUUUUUUUUUAAUUAGAGAACGGGUGGGGGAGAUAGUAUAAUGGUUAUGCAAACACUCUCAUGCCUGAGGUUCUAUGGUCCUAGGUUUAAUCCCCCACACCAUCAUAAACCAGAAUUGAGCAGAGCUCUAGUUAAAUUUUUUUAAAAAGCAUGUAAAUUAGAGAAUGGGAAAUAACAUAAUGGUUAUACAAAAGUUUCCUAAAUUUUGGGUGGGGUGGGGGGAUAGAUGGCAUAAUUGUUAUGCAAACAGACUCUCCUGCCUGAGGCUACAAGAUCACAGGAUCAAUCCCCUGUACCACCAUAAGCCUGAGCUGAACAGUGCUCUGGUAAUUAAAAAAAAAAAAAGUUUCCAAGGUCCUGGGUUCACUUCCCACUACUACUGUAUGUCAGAGCUGAGCAGUAUUGCACCAAAGUAAAGGACACGGAUGAGGGAGGGGUGCUUUCAGGUCCUGAUGUGUGAUGGUGGAGGAGGAUCUAGGCUGGGGAUGAGAGUGUUUUGCAGAAAACUGAGAAAUUUUAUACAUGUAAUAAACAAGGGGAGGGGAUUGGAUGGCACCCAGUUGAGUGCACACAUUACCAUAUGCAAGGACCCAGGCCCCUACCCCCACCUGCAGCAGAAGUGAAAGUCUGCAAGUAUCCAUCUUUCUCCCCCUGCCAUCUCAAUUUCUCUCUAGCCUAUCAAAUAAAAUAGGAAAGAAAAAAAAAAUGGCUGCCAGGAGCAGUGACUUUCUAGUGCCAGCAUCAGACCACAGUGAUAGCCCUGGUAGUAAUAAAAAAAAAGAAAGAAAA